AUGAUUCCAUUUAUAGAUAAUUUAAUUUCAGGUCGGAUUCGGAUAAAAUCUGCAAAGAUAAGAUUGGGUUUUAGAGAAGGUAAUGGAUAAUGUUCUAUGAUUCCCAUUGCCCUACCAGUUAUGCAAGGGUUUUAUAUUUUUCAUGUCUCAAAAAGUAAAUCUACUUGGAGAAAUUCAUUUUUUACCAUAUGCUUUGGAUUUUGAGACCAAUCUACUCGGAGUAACAAUUGUUAGAGCAAGUGAAGCAACAACUAUCUUAGCCUAUCAUGUCUGUGACGGCGGAGGUUUUGGCCAAAUUCUGGUUGGCGCAGCAGAGAGACACCCGUUGUGGUGCUCCAUUGUCUAAUUCUCCUCUUUUUGUCAGAGCCAUGUUUGCAAAUACCACUAAAACAGCUCGGAUGAUGGUGGUGUGCCGUUGCAGUGUUGGAGACCAAAUCUUCUCUGUCACACCCUCUACUAAUUACGAGUUUGAUUAUUUAGGACAGAGCACUAAAGGGGAUUUGAAUCUUAACUUCGACCAUCUUGACGCUUUUGGAAUGGAUGGUCCGGCAACUUUACAAGGUCCAAUUGAGGAGGUUGCUAUGAAGGAGGCAGAGGAAGCUAAGGAUUUGCUUAAUGACUUGGGCAUUUCGAGUCCCUCUUCAGCAAGGAAUUCAUCCCGAGGUAUAUUUUGCAGUCGUACUUUAAAUCUGAGGUCAAUUAGUGCCAUUGGAUAUGACAUGGACUACACUUUGAUACAUUACAAUGUGAAGGCCUGGGAAGGGCGGGCUUAUGAUUAUUGCUUGGGAAAUUUACGAAGCAUGGGUUUUCCAGUUGAUGGGCUUGCAUUUGAUCCAGACUUGGUAAUUAGAGGUCUUGUUAUAGACAAAGAGAAAGGCAACCUAGUUAAAGCAGAUCGGUUUGGUUAUGUAAAAAGGGCAAUGCAUGGCACCAGAAUGUUGUCUACUCAAGAUGUCAGUGAGAUGUAUGGGAGGGAACUGGUUGAUCUGCGGAAGGAGAAUCGAUGGGUGUUCUUAAACACACUGUUCUCUGUUUCGGAAGCUGUGGCAUACAUGCAGAUGGUUGUUAGAUAUGAUGAAGGAGCUAUAUCAGCCGAAAUAUGCCCACCUGACUAUAGAGGACUUUACAAGGCUGUUGGAAAGGCUCUAUUUCGGGCACAUGUAGAGGGUCAGCUUAAGAGUGAGAUAAUGUCAAAACCUGAAUUGUUUGUGGAGCCUGACCCAGAAUUACCUUUAGCACUGUUAGAUCAAAAGGAGGCUGGUAAAAAGCUGCUACUCAUUACAAACUCUGAUUAUCAUUACACGGACAAAAUGAUGAAGCAUUCAUUUAACAGAUUCCUACCAAAUGAUAUGGGCUGGCGAGAUCUGUUUGACAUAGUGAGUAUGCCUUAUUUGUCAGCCUUACUUCAUGGAAAGUGACUACUCUCCUCUAAGUCUCUUAACAGAAGGCUCCUUGAAGUUAAAGGAGUAACUUGUGCUAGACUUUCUUUCUUCCUAAUAACAUAUUACAAGUAUCAUUGGCAUGACCAAAAUUGAAAGAUUCUCACCACCUUCCUUUCCCUUUUACCAUACCAGUCCCAGGCUUAGACUACUUGAAUUGUUUACUCACAACAUUAAAUCGUUUUCUU